CGUGCCUAGGAUCCAAGCGCAGGCAAGAGGGUCUGGUCGUUAGGAAUGGGGAACAACCAGAAAAUGGGCAAGAGAACCCGGUCACCCGAGACACCUCCAUGUCUCGAGCCUCCAUUCCCUUCCCACCCCUGCCGAUCUCAGGUCUCAACCCUGAUACCUACUUUCUGCCUGUUCUGUACCUCACACUCGGGAAAAGGGCAUCCUCACCUCUCCUGAACCACCCAGUGCGCACAAGCUUGGUGGGCUCUUUCGGCUUGGCAAGGGAAGGGGCGGAGCAAGCUCCGGUGACGCGGCCGUUACCAUGGGAACUUGCCGCCCGCUCCGGCUCAGGAACCAAAGAUCCUGUGGCCGCCUGUCGCCCGCUGCCCGCCUGCCGGCUGCCCCUCUUGCCUGCUUUAGGCUCUCCUUGCGGGCGAGGUAAGAGAAGCCAGGCUAGAGGAAGGCAGGGAGCAGAUGCGGCCUCCGAGCUGGGACCAGUCUCACGCGUCUUAAGCCAAGGCCCCUUCACCGCUACCGCUGCCGCAAUCGCGAGGGACGAGUACAAGCGCGGAGCAGCUCCCGGCCGAUCAGGGAUCCCUUGUCCCGGCCGCCGGCCCAGACACAGACGGCACGGUCUGCCCCAGCAUCAGCACUGCGCGGUCUCAACUUCCCCGGCGACCUCAGCGCCUGCCCCAUCCCAGCCGGCUCCGUCUGGGCCCCAGCGCUCUUCGUGGCCGCCACCGCCACCUCUACCGCCGUCUGCGCCUCUGCUGCGCCUCUGCCGCCGCCUUUGCCCCCGUUCCGGCCGCGACCCCAGCCCAGGCCCGAUCUGAGCCCCAAACCCGCCCACUACCCUGCCAGCCUCGCCCGCGGCCCGGGCCCCGGCCCCGGAGGCCCAGCCGUAGGUAGGAAUGCUGCCCAGCUCCAUCCAGAUUUCAGGGGAGCCGCUGUCAGGCGCCGAGGUGCGGGACAUCUGCCGCGGCCUGCGCGACAACGCCGUGCGCCUACUCUCCCUACGCGGCUGCCGCCUCUGCGACCGCGACUUCGGCCGCAUCUGCCGGGCCCUGGCCGGGGCCACGUCCCUGGCGCAGCUCAACCUUAACCUGGGCGUCGUGUCCAGCCCCAGUCGCAUCAAGCAGCUGGCGGAGGCGCUGCGGACCAACCGCUCCAUCCAGUCCCUCUUCCUGCAUGGGAGCCCCCUGACAGAUGCUGGGCUGGCCUUGCUGAACCCAGCCCUGGCCCUCCACCCUGCCCUUGUGGCUCUGGACCUGGGGGACUGCAUGCUGGGUGAUGAAGCCAUCAACCUCAUCUGUGGCCUCCUCCCCCCAGAUGGGGCCAAGUCUGGUUUGAAGGAGCUAACGCUGAGUGCCAACCCUGGCAUCACCCCUAAGGGCUGGAGUCGCCUGGCCAUUGCUGUGGCCCACAGCUCACAGGUCCGCGUCCUCAAUUUGGACUACAACCCCCUGGGUGACCACGUGGCCGGGAUGCUGGCUGUAGCUGUGGCUUCCAGUCGAACCUUAGAGGUUCUAGAUUUGGAGAGCACAGGGCUCACCAACCAGUCAGCUCAGACCCUGCUGGACAUGGUAGAAAAUUAUCCCACAGCCUUGCGGAGCCUGGUGUUGGCUGAGAACAGCAUUAGCCCAGAGCUGCAGCAACAGAUCUGUGACCUCCUUUCUGAGGGGGAGGAGGAGGAGGAGGUGGCAGGAGGGCCUGGUGACACCCAGAAACAAGAGAGGGGGCGGGAGCCUGCUGCCCACCAGAGGGGAAGCAGCUCCUGGAUGUGCCCUACUGAUCCCAGCUCUCAGAUGGUGCUAAUGACAUCAGGACUAGGGGACAGCCUAUUAGCUGAGACUGAGAUGUGACUCUCCACUUGGGCUUCUGCAUAUCAUUACAUUUUCCCCAGGAUCAGGCCCUGGGGCUUGGGAGGGAGGGGUUGCCUGGGGCUCUGGCAGCUCAUGGCAGUGGGGUGGGAGGCUCUGGAAGCUGUGAAUUGCCUUGAACCCAAUGGUUCUGGACUUGUUGGCAGCUCUGGCUGCAGCCCGCUGGCUCGGAAGAGAUUUUAUCAACUCUACAACCUGUGUGGCUGUGGUCACUGGGGGGCUGGCGGUAGGGGAGGAAUUGGAACUACCAUUAGACACCACUAGGGGGCAGUGCCACCCCACAGCCAGAGCAUUCUCUGAUAGCCCCCAAAGGCCUCAGAAUGGUCUGGCGCAGGCCUGGGACUUCUAAGAACCUAGGGUUCUGAGGUGAUACCUUACACAAGCCCUAUAAAGAUAUAAUGAAGGUAAAGAGCUUACCUCCAGGGCUCAGCUGGACCAAACCCUACCUCAGGGGAGACUCGAAGUCCAGUCAAGGUUAUUUAAGGUGCAGCCCCUCCCAACUGCCUGAAGCUCUGGGCCCAGGGAAGGCCCAGGCAGGGUUGGGGCAAGGCAGAAUCACUAGCAAAGAGUAGGACGUCACAGGAACUGGGAAUACUCAAGAAUGGAGAAAAGAAUGGUCAUUAACAGACAAAUUAGUCCAUACCAGUAAAAUAGUUUUAUUUAAUUUUAAAAUAGUCAUCAAUGUGAAAAUUUCCCAAGGCUGGGAGUAACAGUCUAGAGCCAAGGUUGGGAGGGGGGCCAGGCCUCACCUGGAGCCCAGCCUGAGGCCCCGAGUCCCACCCCAUACUUGCUUCCAGAGGAAGAGACAGCUGAAGAGAGCCCUGAGUCAGCCCUCUCCCUCUCCCUGGAGGGCCUGCUGGGCCAGGCCCCCUGAAGGCAACAGCUUGUGCAGAGGGUUUGGGGAGGGGGGAAACAGAAAACAGAAAGGUUAAUUGAAAACAGAAAUUAGAGGUUACUAAUCCCAAAGACACCCCCUCCCCUCCCCACAAAACCCCCAAUGGCUAUGGAAGGAUGAUGGAGGACAAACACCAAUGUGAUGAACCCUCAGCUCCCCAGAAGCCCAACUGGGGCUGGACUGAUUUGAAGAAAGGUCUUGAGCCCAGCUGCAUGUUACCUUUGGAGAAUAAAUAUCUUAAGGGGG